UUUGGCCCAUAGGCGUCUGGACGCUGGACGUAAAUUAGCUUCGAUUCCCGCUAAUAAUCCAGAGUUAGUGCUGUGGAUCAAAGGCGGAUUAAACUGGUUUGGAACCAUGUUGGACUAACCAAUCAGAGUUGGCCAGUAGCCCAGGCGGUUUGCUGGUUCCACCAACCCAGUUAAAAACCAGUUAUUUUCGCCCCUGCUGCUUGUGUUUAUAGCCUGAGCUAGCUGGGCAGAGCUAGCAGUCCACGGACAUGGGGGACGUGUUGGAUGCACGUGACGUGGAGCGAGCCAGAACCUUCUGGGCCCAAAACGACGUGGAGCAGGUGUUCAGCGCAGUCUUCCAGUACCUGGACCACCUGAAGCAGGUUCUGCUGACCCAGUCAGCCAAAGAUAAAGAGUAUGUUCGGGCUCAGAGGCUCCUGGAGGUCCUGGACUGCCUCCCCCCGCCGCCUCCUCAGGACCAGGACUCGUCGGUGGUCCAGGUGGUCAUCGGUUCAGGCAGUCUGUGGUCGCCGUCGCCCGCCUGCCUCCUGGACGGCCCGCCGCCACCUGCUGGCAGAGAGGGGCUGCUGCCGCCACUGGCGCCGGUCCAGCUGCACUACCAGCCUCACCAGUGCUGCAAGGCCUGCCUGCCCAGCCUGCCCAGAACCCCCGAGUCCAGCUCGCUGCUGUACGGCCAGAACCCGCUGAAGGUGCCACUGCUGUGCGGCUUCAAGCGGCUCAGCGCCAUGCUGUCCCCGCUGGGGUCGGGUCAGGACACGGAGGACGAGGACUGGGACGUCAUCUACAAGUCGCCCUGCGGCCUCAGUCUGCGCAACUUCCAGGACGUGGCGUCCUUCCUGGCGGCCACCGAGAGCUUGGACGUCCUGCAGGUGGACUUCUUCACCUUCAACCGCCUGGUCCAACUGGACCCUCCCUCUCUGCCCGCCGACGCCAAGCCGGACCUGAGCCGGGGGGCGGAGCCUACCCCGGUGGAACUGUGCCUCGGCGAAGGCGUGGGCCGGCCCGCGGGCUUCCGCUACCGGAAGGACCGCUGGCCGCACGGCUGCUUCCUGAGCCGCGACCCGGCGCUGUUCCAGACCUGCUGCGACUGCAGCGGCGCCUGCAGCGACGCCAAGAGCUGCGCCUGCGUCGCCAUGACGGCCGGGGGGCGGGGCUACCGGCACCACCGCCUGCUGCAGCCGGUCCAAUCAGGGCUCUAUGAGUGCGGACCGUGGUGCCGCUGUGACCGGGCGCGUUGCCAGAACCGGCUGGUCCAGAGAGGCAUCAGAGUGCGGCUGCAGGUCUUCCAGACGGAGGACCGGGGCUGGGGCGUGCGUUGCCGUGACGACGUGGACCGGGGCACGUUUAUCUGCAUCUACGCAGGCGUGGUUCUGCAGAGGGCCCCGAGUCCCGGCGACCCACCGCCUCCCAAACUGACCCGCGACGAGCUGCCGUCUGACGAUGACGUGGAGGUGGUCACCGAGUGGCUGGCUCCGCCCGUCCUGGAGGCCUGCAGCGACCUGCUGGAGGCUCCGCCCCCCUCCUCUGACCAGCAGCUCCCCGUCAUCCAGGGACCCGAUGAGUCCAGCUCACCGCCACGGAACCAGAACCAGGCGUCUCCUUCAGCAGGAAAUCUGUCUGAGGACAAGGUUGCCGUGGCGAUGGACACCGAGGAGGACGGCGAUCAGAGGGGACAAAAGAGGGCCGCAGAGAUGGACGACAUCUGCUUGAUCGACGCCACCAAGGAGGGGAACGUUAGCCGCUUCAUCAACCACAGCUGCCAGCCCAACCUGUUCAUCCAGAACGUCUUCACGGACUGCCAUGACCCCGCCUUCCCCGUCAUCGCCUUCUUCACCAGCAGGGUGGUUAAAGCCGGAACCGAGCUGACCUGGAACUACUCGGCCGGCCCCCACGCCGCCGCUCCGCCUCAGAAACAGGAAGUGGCCUGUCUCUGCCGUAGCAACGGUUGCCAGGGAUGGCUCCACCUGGAGGAGAGCCCAUGUGACGUUCCGGCUGCGACGGAGAAACUCUGAUCAUCCAGAACGUCUUUUAGAACGGUUCCUGCUGUUAAUCUGUUUUUGUAAUAAAAUCAUCAGAUAUUCAAACCAAACGUCUCUGAAC